AUGGCCGAAAAAUUGUCCGAAGAACAGAUUGCUGAAUUCAAGGAGGCCUUCUCCCUUUUCGAUAAGGACAGCGAUGGAAAAAUCACCACCAAGGAAUUGGGUACCGUCAUGAGAUCGCUCGGCCAGAACCCUUCUGAGAGCGAAUUGACGGAUAUGAUUAAUGAAGUUGAUAUCAACAGUGACGGCUCCAUUGAUUUCCCAGAGUUUUUGACCAUGAUGGCCAGAAAAAUGAAGGAUACCGACUCCGAGGCCGAGAUUGCCGAAGCUUUCAAGGUCUUUGACAGAAACGGUGACGGUAAGAUCAGUGCCGCCGAAUUGAGACACGUUUUGACUUCUAUCGGCGAGAAGUUGUCUGACGCCGAUGUUGACCAGAUGAUCAGAGAGGCCGACACCAACAACGACGGUGAGAUUGAUAUUCAGGAGUUCACCCAGCUUUUGGCUGCUAAAUAA